AUGGAAACACUACCCAACGAGCUCCUCCAGCAGAUAACCGGCUACCUGGGCCGCAAAGACACAUCCGCCCUUGCGCGUACCAACCACGAAAUUUACAGCGCCGUCAAUCCGGUGCUAUACAAGGACAACUUCGUCCAUGACCGUCCUUCGGACUCUUGUGUGCUCUGGGCGGCCAGAAGGGGCCGCAUCGAGACUAUCAAGCGGGCGUACUCGCUCGGCGCAAACCUAGAGACCACGGGCGCCUGCAGCGACACAGACAUGCCGCUGCCAUGGAAUGAGACACCCUACCGAAAUGGCUUUGCGAGCGGCAUGCAUCACGCCCUAGGCGGCAGGCAUGAUGAUACCUUCUACUACCUGCUGCAGCGUGUUUCCAAUCUCGACAUCCCUUCUCUUUUCUUCUGCCAGUGUGCCAAAUGGACAGGAGGUAGUCUCGAGUUUCGCUGGUGGUAUCCUUUGCAUCAGGCUAUAGUACACCGUACCGAAAAGCCCGAACUCGCAGCAGCACUCAUAGCACGGGGCGCGUACCUUUCCUCCAUGGGGUAUCAUGCUCUGUGCGAUGCGGUCCAGGUUGGAAGCGAAUACCUCAUCGACCUGCUGCUUCAGCAUCCUCAGGUCAGCGUGAAGGACGUCACCUGGCACGGCGAGACGGCUCUUCAUUGUGCAGCGAAAUUUCAUAAGGAUGAAGCGAUCUGCAGAGCAAUGAUUCGCAAAUUGACGAAUCUGGGCGUACCAGUCGACCUCAAGGAUGCCGAUGGGAAAACAGCCCUGGCAAACGCCUUCCAAAAGAGGAACCUCACCGCCGUUGAAGAACUCCUCGAGCUCGGCGCGGACCCGAAUGCCGUCGGAAGAGACCCCGUGGGUCGUGGUCCACUGCACCUCAUUCCCAGUUUCCCGCACCGAACUCGCGAAAUGGACGCAGAGUCGUUUCAAGUGCGUCGCCUCGACGCCGUAAGACGGCUGGUCGAGGCCGGGGCAGACAUCAAUGAGUCCACUGGCGACCGCGAGUUUGACGACGCCCCACCGCUUUGGUUCGCAUGUUUGAAGGACUUGCGCGUCGCAGAGUACCUCCUCAGCAUUGGGGCCCGGACGGAUAUCCCCAUUUUCAACGAGUUUCGAAGCGGUAAGCAGUACAUGAUCGCAGCGCUUCUUGUUCAAACCGACGUCCUUUGCGUCCGAAGAUUCGGUUGGAGCAUGAGCGAGCAACGGGUACGAGACCUUGAGGAAACCGUGGCCCUGCUGUUGCAACACGGGGCAAGCAUUGACGAGGUGCAAAGUACGGACGACGGAGAGUGGUCUGACGAUGACGAUGACGAUGGUGGCUCGGCGCUUCUAUAUGCCUGCCAUCGUGUCGUAAGGCAAGGGUCAGCCUGCUUGGAGAUUUUGUUGAAGCAUGGUACCAGAAGGAAUGUGUCUCUGGAGCACUUGCAGAAGGCGAUGGGCACCUACUUUUUCGAUUUGGGUGCGGACUUGGAGGAUGAGCUGCCCGACGGGAACGAGGUGAUUCAGUGUAUGCUCGCCGAGUUCGUGGCCAGAGAAUACCCAGAAGCCGUUGCGGGCGACAAUGAAUGA